AAAAGUGAGCAGUCGUUGGUAGUUGUUGACCAGUCAAACACCAGCCGAUAGCUGACCCGAGAACAUCGGGUAUCGCUACGUAGCCAUUCCGGUGGAAGAAGUUCGCGGAAAACGUCAGAGGAAGUCACAGAUUAAAAAAAAUGUCCUCCGUACAAGUAGAUCGACCGACCAAAAUGAGUCAUCAUCCACACAGCAAGAAGGAAAGUGACAGCAACAAAUCCAGAAAACAGUUUAAUCUGUCGUAUAAGAAGCACAAUAAACACGAUGACGGACGCGGAGGAGGAAUUGGUGGAGUAGGAGGAAGCGGAAGCGGCGGGAAUUCUUUCACAAGUUUCAAGUUUGGGCGAAAGCGUUCGCAAAGCAAUAACAGUGGAAAGUUUUUCCCACCUUAUAAACGACGUAAGAAGGACGGCAACAACUUUAUCCCACCUACGAAAUUUCUCUUAGGUGGCAAUAUUCAUGAUCCUCUGAAUUUGAACAGUAUGCAAGAUGAGGAAGUGAAUCGUGCUAUGAAUGCCGUGACGCCAAAAUCUAGCCCCCUUCCCACUCCGAAGCAUAAGAAAGAGACAAUAGACGUAUUUCCACCUAAUAUCGAGGAUCCUUUACGUUUAAGAUAUGACAGUGAAGAAUACGAACAACAAUGUGUGUGUUGCCCGUUGAGAAAAGCUUCUAAACGCAGAAAUAAGAAAAGAAAGCGAGCCUGUUCGUCUUCGACAAAAGAGGAGAUCACGAGUGAAACCAUGGAAGAUAAACGUUUGAAGGAGAGCGGUGAAGAACUCUGUAAAAUAGUAGAAAGUUCGACGGAAAACCCCGGCGAAAGGAUCCAGCCGAUGGAUUCCGAAACGGCGCAGGACAAGAAUUCUACAGAAAACAAAAUGGAGAGUCCUCAGAAGGAUAAAAGUAAGGGGAACGUAGGGAAAAUAGGAAACAAAUUGGAGAGAGAAGACAAAAAUAAACUGCGAUUGAAGGGUUUGGAAGAACCCAAAGACAAAAGACUACGCAAGGACACCAAGGAUAAGAUAGUGAGUCCUGUGAUUCCCCAACCAGGUGCCUGGAAGCCUCGAGCACAGCACAGGCCUAGCCAGGACAAAAAGAAGAAGCAUCAGCAGCAAGCAAUGCCAAACUUCAGGCAGAAAGAUGCUCGCUAUCAAUAUGGCAACUACAACAGGUAUUAUGGGUACAGAAAUCCUCAUUACGAGAUGGAUCCUCGACUUAAAGCGUUCAGUGGACGUAAAGAGCUGUUCCUGCAGAAGGAUAUUCUAGACAUCGGAUGUAAUAUUGGACACAUCACCUUAUCCGUGGCGAGAGAUUUUGGAGCGAAGAGCGUCACGGGAAUUGAUAUUGAUAGGACACUGAUCAAUAUUGCUCGGAAAAACGUGAAACAUUAUGUAAAUUGUGUGCAAUCGCCGGCGAGUAACGAGGAAAGCGACAGGAGGGUAUCGGAUUCGGACGCGAAUUUCUUCCCCAAGUCGUUGCCUAUCAACUACGGCCCCAUAGACAUUCCGGGAUUCACGAAGCACAAACAAGACAUGGUGUUUCCUUACAAUGUCACGUUUGUUCAAGGUAAUUACGUAUUGGAUGAUGAUGCUCUUUUGCACGCGGAGCAACCACAAUUCGAUACGAUCCUGUGUCUCUCUAUUACUAAAUGGAUACACCUGAAUUUUGGUGACGCUGGCCUGAAGCAAUCAUUUAAGCGUAUGUACGCGCAAUUACGUCCUGGCGGUGUACUAAUAUUGGAACCUCAAGCCUGGAAUAGCUACACCAAGAAGAAGAAUCUCACUGAGCGAAUUUACAAAAAUUUCCGCAGCAUCGAGUUCCGCCCGCAGAACUUCACGCAGUAUCUCUUGUCUUCCGAAAUAGGCUUCUUUAAGUGCGAAGUUGUCAACAUCCCGCCCCAUCCUUUCAGAGGAUUCCAGCGUCCUAUCUAUUUGUUUGAGAAGAAAAAGGAGGACGAACAAUCCGACGACAUUAUGAACAAACCAGAUCGACAUGAUAUGCAAAAAAAUGAACAACUACGCGAGGAGGAAAGAAUGAAGUAUGAAUAUGAAUUAUUCCCGAAGAAUGCCAGUAAGGGGAGCAUGUCGGAGAUUAGUCACCAAAGUAGCGACCAGUAUGAGCAACUGGAGAACAUUUACGCACCUACUGCGACACCAUGUUACGACACGCCAAGUUAUAACAACGAACAGUCUCGAGAUGGGGAAUUUAUGUGUUACGACUUGAUUAUGCCAGACAAGGAGGAGACGGAAUAUACCAAGACGCACGACAAUGAUAAGAAACUGGAAGACGCGGGAGGAGAGACGAGAGAUAAAGUUGAUAAAGCGGCCGAAGAAAAUGAAGAAACGAAGGAGGCAACAGAGGGUGUUGUGGAUAAUGAAACUUACAAUUAUGAUAAGCAGGAGGAAUAUAGCGCUGAUAAGACAGACAACGAUGAUAAAGAAAUGGAAACGGAAGCGGAGAAGACAAUAGACGACGCUUGUGAGACUUACGACGACGAUCAGAAAACAAUGGGGGACGAAAUUAUUAAAGCUAGUAACUCUUAGUUUCAAUAUUUUCACCAUUUCUGCCCAUUUAUUUUUACACGCGCUUUUACCCGAUUCUUCUUUUUCCAAUUCAUUUCCCUUCCAAUCCCUUUCAUGAAAUUUUCGUUAGAUGUAAAAGAAAGUCUUGUAGCUUUCUCCCAUUUUGACUUAUUAACACAAAUGGACGGAAAAAUUUUCUGAAAAUCUAGUGAUAUUGUGGCACGCGUUUCAAUCAAUAUUAAUGAUAAUGUAAGAUCGGUAAACAUUCGUUCGUUUUUAAUUUUAUCUACAUAAGGAUUAUAUUGGACAAUUGGUGGCAAGGAACGAACGAAUUUUGUAAAGAAUUCCAUAGUAUUAGAUCGUUUAAUGUAUAAUUAUAAUAAAUAAUAUUAAGUGAGAGAGUAUAAAAGUUCGUUCGUUUUUUCAUUUGUUUUAUUCGUACAAAAGUCAUAUUGCGAAAAAACGAACGGAUCUUUUAAGAAACUGGCUGAGAAUAUUGAUGAAACAAUAAUAAUAAAAGAAUAAGAUGAAAGUUUGUUCGUUUUUUCCUCGUUUUUUAUUAAUAAAAAUUAUAUAA